UUUACUGUCAUGAGAAGUUCUAUAUCAGAAUUCAAUUGGACUAGUCAUGGCCAGAGAGCUGCUGGACUGAGAGAUUAUGUUCACCACGUCUUGUGUACAAAAAGAGCAUAUGAAAUACAAAGGCUCCUGGUGUGUGCUAUUAGAAGACAGUGAUGUCUUACCAUUGCAGUGUGGCAAAGUAAUCCAUGCUGAAGAGGCCCCAUUCAUGCAGAUGAACAAAGGGUUGAGGCAGCACUUUCAACCCAGAUAGUCGGCUAACUGCCCAGCAGGAUGCCAUCAACCAGCCGAGCGGGCAGCCUGAAGGACCCAGAAAUUGCAGAGCUCUUCUUCAAAGAAGAUCCAGAAAAACUCUUCACAGAUCUCCGAGAGAUUGGCCAUGGAAGCUUUGGAGCAGUUUAUUUUGCACGUGAUGUGCGCACCAAUGAAGUGGUGGCCAUCAAGAAAAUGUCAUAUAGUGGGAAGCAAUCCAAUGAGAAAUGGCAGGAUAUUAUUAAGGAAGUCAAGUUCCUACAAAGAAUAAAACAUCCUAACAGCAUAGAAUACAAAGGCUGCUAUUUGCGUGAGCAUACAGCAUGGCUUGUUAUGGAAUAUUGUUUAGGAUCGGCAUCAGACUUACUAGAAGUUCAUAAAAAGCCAUUGCAAGAGGUGGAAAUAGCAGCAAUUACCCAUGGUGCUCUCCAGGGACUAGCAUACUUGCAUUCUCACAAUAUGAUCCAUAGAGAUAUCAAGGCAGGAAACAUCCUGCUGACAGAGCCAGGCCAGGUGAAGCUUGCUGACUUUGGAUCUGCUUCCAUAGCAUCUCCUGCCAAUUCAUUUGUGGGGACGCCAUAUUGGAUGGCCCCAGAAGUAAUUUUAGCCAUGGAUGAAGGGCAGUAUGAUGGCAAAGUAGAUGUUUGGUCUCUUGGAAUAACAUGUAUUGAGUUAGCGGAAAGGAAGCCUCCUUUGUUUAAUAUGAACGCAAUGAGUGCCUUAUAUCACAUAGCGCAGAAUGAAUCCCCUACACUACAGUCUAAUGAAUGGUCUGAUUAUUUUCGAAACUUCGUAGAUUCUUGCCUCCAGAAAAUUCCUCAAGACAGGCCUACAUCAGAGGAGCUUCUGAAGCACAUGUUUGUUCUUCGGGAGCGGCCUGAAACAGUGUUAAUAGACCUGAUUCAGAGAACAAAGGAUGCAGUGAGAGAACUGGACAAUCUGCAGUAUCGCAAAAUGAAGAAACUCCUUUUCCAGGAGGCACACAAUGGGCCUGCAGUAGAAGCACAGGAAGAGGAGGAGGAGCAAGACCAUGGCGUUGGCAGGACAGGAACAGUGAACAGUGUCGGAAGUAAUCAGUCCAUUCCCAGUAUGUCCAUCAGUGCCAGUAGCCAAAGCAGUAGUGUUAACAGUCUUCCAGAUGCCUCAGAUGACAAGAGUGAGCUAGACAUGAUGGAAGGGGACCACACCGUGAUGUCAAAUAGCUCUGUCAUCCACUUAAAGCCUGAGGAAGAAAAUUACAGAGAAGAGUCUGAUUCUAGAACAAGGACAUCAGAACCACAGUCUCCACCCCAAGUAUCUCGCCACAAGUCACAUUAUCGCAACCGAGAGCACUUUGCUACUAUACGCACAGCAUCACUGGUGACCAGGCAAAUGCAGGAACAUGAACAAGACUCUGAGCUCCGAGAACAGAUGUCUGGCUAUAAACGCAUGAGACGGCAGCACCAGAAACAGCUGAUGGCACUGGAGAACAAACUGAAGGCAGAGAUGGAUGAGCAUCGCCUCAGGUUGGACAAAGAUCUUGAAACGCAGCGCAACAACUUUGCUGCAGAAAUGGAAAAGCUCAUUAAAAAACACCAAGCAGCCAUGGAGAAGGAGGCUAAAGUGAUGGCCAAUGAAGAAAAGAAAUUUCAACAACAUAUUCAAGCCCAGCAAAAGAAAGAACUGAACAGCUUCCUGGAGUCCCAGAAGAGAGAAUACAAGCUCCGUAAAGAACAGCUCAAAGAGGAGCUGAAUGAAAACCAGAGCACUCCAAAGAAGGAGAAGCAGGAGUGGCUCUCCAAACAGAAGGAGAACAUUCAGCAUUUCCAGGCAGAGGAGGAGGCCAACUUGCUGCGGCGCCAGAGACAGUAUUUGGAGCUGGAAUGCCGCCGCUUUAAGAGAAGAAUGCUUCUCGGGCGCCAUAACCUGGAACAGGACUUAGUUCGGGAGGAGUUAAAUAAAAGGCAGACGCAGAAGGAUCUGGAGCACGCCAUGUUGCUGCGACAGCAUGAGUCUAUGCAAGAACUGGAGUUUCGCCACCUCAAUACCAUCCAGAAGAUGCGUUGCGAGCUGAUCAGGCUUCAGCACCAAACUGAGCUCACAAACCAGCUGGAAUACAACAAGCGACGAGAGCGUGAGCUGAGGCGUAAGCAUGUCAUGGAAGUUCGACAGCAGCCGAAGAGUCUGAAGUCUAAAGAACUACAAAUAAAGAAGCAGUUUCAGGACACAUGCAAGAUCCAAACCAGACAGUACAAAGCACUGCGAAACCACCUGCUGGAGACCACACCAAAGAGUGAACACAAAGCUGUCCUGAAACGGCUCAAAGAAGAGCAGACCCGGAAACUGGCCAUCCUAGCUGAGCAGUAUGAUCACAGCAUCAAUGAAAUGCUCUCAACACAAGCUCUGCGUUUGGAUGAGGCACAGGAAGCGGAGUGCCAGGUUUUGAAGAUGCAGCUGCAGCAGGAACUGGAGCUGCUGAAUGCGUAUCAGAGUAAAAUCAAGAUGCAGGCUGAGGCCCAGCAUGAUCGGGAGUUGCGUGAACUGGAACAGAGGGUAUCCCUUCGCAGGGCCCUCCUGGAGCAGAAGAUUGAGGAGGAGAUGCUGGCAUUGCAGAAUGAGCGCACCGAACGGAUACGAAGCCUGCUGGAGCGUCAAGCCCGCGAGAUCGAAGCCUUUGAUUCAGAAAGCAUGAGGCUAGGUUUCAGUAACAUGGUUCUGUCUAAUCUCUCCCCCGAGGCGUUCAGCCACAGCUACCCGGGAGCUUCUGGCUGGUCCCACAAUCCUACUGGGGGUGCGGGACCUCACUGGGGUCAUCCCAUGGGUGGCCCACCACAAGCUUGGGGCCAUCCAAUGCAAGGUGGACCCCAGCCAUGGGGUCACCCCUCAGGGCCCAUGCAAGGGGUACCUCGAGGUAGUGCUAUAGGGGUCCGCAACAGCCCCCAGGCUCUGAGGCGGACUGCUUCUGGGGGACGGACGGAGCAGGGCAUGAGCAGGAGCACAAGUGUUACUUCACAAAUAUCCAAUGGUUCACACAUGUCUUAUACAUAA